GCGCACCAGGCACGACGGGCAGAGCGCCGAGCCAUCCACCCCGUCCACCCGUGCGGCCAGCACGUGGCGUAUGGAGCUUUGCCAGCUGGAACAGGAAGAUAGGAGGAUGCCACUAACUCAUGAAAGAGAGAGAGGCUCUCUUUUUAUUUGCCAAAGAAAGAAUUUCCUUUCUAAACCUCAUGAUAAAGUCAAGGGCUCAUCGACAUUUCUGGCAGCGGCUACAAUGUCUUAGAGGUCCGGAGUCCCUCGGCAGCUUCUCUGAGACUAGACCCGCUCAGGCGUGGACUUCUGUCCCCCGCACUCCUCCACCCGCGGGAGAGGCGGGGUGUGUGUGUGGCGUCAGUCCAGGCAGUUUCACUGAUUUUUCUGCAAACAAGCAGGGGAUAUAGCGCAGUCAGUCCUCCCGAGAGGGGGCUGGUACUUUCGUUCUAAAGCUCUCGUUUCCUCGGGGAACAGAAUUGCUAGACGCAUGGGUGCGCUGUCUUUAGUCUUCCCCGCUCCCUCUGAGGGCCGGCAGGGGUUAAAUCUCAGGCUCCGGCUCCGUGGGAGAAGGUGAGGCUGGGAGGUCCGAGGGGAGGGCGUGCCAUCUGGGUGCCGGAGAGGUGUGGAUGGAGGGGAUCGUCUCCUCCCUGCUGGAGCCGCUUUGUUAGCGAGGAGGGUUAUAGAUACUCAGUAUGUUUCCACUGACUGAGGAAAACAAGCAUGUGGCCCAGUUGUUGUUCAAUACUGGUACAUGUCCAAGAUGUAUCUUCAGAUUCUGUGGUGUGGAUUUUCAUGCACCUUACAAACUUUCUUACGAGGAGUUGCUCAAUGAACUACAGAAAUUUCUGAAAACUGAAAAAGGUGAAUUAAUUUUGGAAGUUCCAAACCCACCUCCCAAGAAAAUUCGACUCCAUGAACUGGAAGAUGGGAUUGAUGGGACUGAUAAUCAGAGUCAAAAUGGAGAGGGAAGGGUGUCCGUUAUUGAAGACGGAAGCAUUGCUUCUAAGAACUCCAGUCCAAAUGUAUGCAAUGUAUGCCUAGGAAUUCUUCAGGAAUUCUGUGAUAAAGAGUUCAUUAAAAAGGUGUGCCAGAAGGUAGAGGCCUCUGGAUUUGAAUUCACUAACUUAGUGUUUUCAGUCUCCUUCCCACCACAGCUAUCUGUAAGAGAGCAUGCUGCAUGGUUGCUGGUAAAACAGGAAAUGGGAAAGCAGAGUCUGUCACUGGGAAGAAAUGACAUAGUUCAGCUAAAAGAAGCCUACAAAUGGAUAACUCACCCCCUGUUUUCAGAGGAACUGGGUGUUCCCAUUGAUGGAAAGAGCUUGUUUGAAGUGAGUGUGGUCUUUGCUCACCCAGAAACAGUGGAGGAUUGCCACUUCCUACGUGCAAUAUGCCCGGAUUGCUUCAAGCCAGCCAAAAACAAACAGUCAGUAUUCACUAGAAUGGCGGUUAUGAAAGCUUUGAAUAAGAUAAACGAAGAGGAUUUCCGCAAGCAGUUUCCUUGUCCUCCAAACUCACCCAAGGCUGUAUGCUCUGUUCUUGAAAUGGAAUGUGCUCAUGGUGCUGUCUUUGUGGCUGGGAGAUAUAAUAAAUACUCCAGGAAUCUGCCACAAACUCCUUGGAUAAUUGAUGGAGAAAGGAAGCUGGAAUCUUCAGUGGAAGAAUUAAUUUCAGAUCAUCUUUUGACAGUAUUCAAAGCAGAGAGUUUUAAUUUUUCAUCCUCUGGAAGAGAAGAUGUAGAUGUGAGGACGUUAGGAAAUGGAAGGCCCUUUGCAAUUGAGCUGGUGAAUCCUCAUAGAGUACAUUUCACUUCACAAGAAAUUAAGGAACUUCAGCAGAAAAUUAAUAGCUCGUCUAACAAAAUCCAAGUCCGUGACUUGCAGCUUGUCACAAGUCUGAGUGUUUUGGUGGAAACGCACCUGCUUAUAGAAGUUGAUCUAUACAAUCAGGACUUAAAGAUCGACCAGAAGACACCUCUGCGGGUCCUGCACCGGAGGCCCCUGGCUGUAAGAAGUCGCAUCAUUCACUCCAUGGAGUCAUGCUAUGUGGAUGAGCAUCAUUUCCGCCUCCAGCUAAAGACUCAGGCUGGAACCUACAUUAAAGAGUUUGUACACGGAGACUUCGGGAGAACCAAGCCGAACAUUGGCUCUCUGAUGAAUGUGACUGCAGAUAUUCUUGAGCUGGACGUUGAGUCUGUAGAUGUUGACUGGCCCCCUGCUCUGGAUGACUAGCUUUCAAGUUUGGAAAUGGAGUAGGGUUUUCGUGGCCCAACGUGGAUGUCCAUUCAGCAUACAUUGUAAAACGGCUGUUUACCCACCAUAAGGGUGUCUUGGCAACUGUUUGGAUCAUGUUGAUCUAUUUAUUUUUAAACUUGUAACAUCUCAGGAUCCAUAUACAGUAUGUGUAGAAUGUGUGCUACAUUGUUCUAAAGAUGUCUUAUGAUUUUUCUUGUUCCCUCGCCAACCCCCACAAGUCCAACUAUGAAUUAUGAAACCAUUCCCUAUAUUCGUUCUUCCAUUUAGAGAGGUGCACAAACAGGAUACAUUCUCUGAUAAUCUUAAGAAGCUGUAAUUUCUUUCAGCAAAACUUCCCUUCACAAGAGAAUUACCACCUUUAAAAUCAUGUUCUAAAUUUUUAAAACAAUGUUGAUAAGUUGUCUAUAUUUAUGCAGCACAGUAUCUUAUAAUAAGAUACCAAAUGUAAAUCUGAGACCAUUAAUAUUUUUCCAAGUAAGCUUCUAGCAAGCUAUUACCAAUAGAAGUACUCUUGGUGUGAUUUGUCACAAAUGCUAAUGACUUCAAGUUACUCAUUGACAAUCUAAAAUUGUCAAUGCCUUUCCUGGAGAGGGAAAGUAAAACCUUAGGAAUCGAGGUAAGAGACUUUAAUAAAUCUUUUAAAGAAGGAGACACAAGUGCCUUCAAUAACUUCAUUGCCAGGGAUAAGAUUUUGAAAAAUUGAGAUUGCCAAAAAAAGGUGAUACUAUUCUAGAGGGCUUCAAUAUUAUUAUCUAACCUCAAACAUCCUUAUCAGGUAGACAGGAUAUUAUCAUCUCCAUUUUAUAAAUAUGAAAACCAAAGAUAGCAGUUAAAUGAUUUAUCUAAAUUAUUAGUUACUUCCAUGUCUAAGACCAAAACUUAAGUUUCCUGGUCUGUAGGCCCUUUCUAAUAAACCUUAUUAUUGAGCACAUACUGUGUGAAGGAGGCAGUUGAGGAUGUCAUUUUAAUGCACAUAACCAUGAAAAUUGACUUUCAGAAUUUAGAUUCAAGGAGCUUAUCCCAAAAUAGCCCAAGUAUAUUUCAUAGUAUCUCAUGAUUACCAUUUACUAAUAAGUUAAUCAUCAGUUAGUACUACGAAGAGGAAAAAACAAACAAAACCUAGAGAAAACGGUUGAGUCAUUAAGAGAAAACUUUCAGAAAGGAGUCUCAUUAAAAUUUUACACUUAAGUGUCAUUUCCAUCAUCCUAACUCAACUCUCUGAGCUUCAGAACACAUGUGACUUGGAUAGUAUUAGAUUACCCAGUUUCCUAUCUCUCCAUUCAAUAUAAUUCAGAUACUAAGAUGUAUUAUUUAAAAAAAUUGUUUUAAAAUAUUUUUUUAUUGAUUUCAGAGAGGGAGAGGGAGAGAUAGAAACAUCUUCUCCCUCCCAACCCCCCCUUACUGGGUAUAGAGCUCGAAACCCCAGCACAUGACCAGGAAUUAAACCUCUACCUGCUGGUUCAUAGCUCGACGCUCACCGACUGAGCAACACCAGCCUGACAAGAUGUAUUAUUCACUUCAGAAAUCAGGAAAAUGGUUUUAUCAUGAAAUUUUAUUAUGUGAAUAAUAGCAAGUAAUUUUUUUUCACUAUUUUCAAUAAGCCAGAAAAUGAGAAAGGGAUAAUAGAAAUAAACUUUUGAUAAAAAGGUAAGAACUUUUGUGUGAAUGUUUCUCAGUUUCUGGGGAAAUUUUGCUACAAAAAGACAUUUAAAUAAUGUGGGGAGCUAGUCUUUUGCUUGUCUUUGAAUUCAGUGGAUCUGCAAAAUGGAAGAAUUCAGAACCUCCUGAGCUAACACAAAUUAGAAGACCUCUAUUUCUUAAAUUUUUAUUCCUGAGGUUAUGCAAAAUUUCAAGCAAAGUGUAAAUUUUAGUUGUAAAUACUUAUUUCAAAUGUUCAUAUAAUAAUUAUGAGACAUGUUAAAUUAAUGUAGGUCAUUGUUUAUGCAAAACUGAAAACAUUAAGUAAUGAGAAUACUGUCGUUUCACUUUUGCCUGUAUAAAAGUAUUUUAAAAUUAGUUUUGUGAUAUCGUACAGCUUUAAGUCUUUUAAAUAACACUUAGUGAAAGGACCUUUUGUGCUUCUUAGCACCUCUUUGUCCCAAAUAUAGUCUGUGGUUUAGUUUUAAAAAAACAUCAACUCUAAAUACCUGGAAAAGUAAAAAUAAAUAAAGUUGGUAAAAUUAAAAAUUUCCUAAAUAAGAUAACUAGUUACAUUUGUAAGUUAUGAAAUAAACUUAGAAGUUAAACU